AUGGACCUCGAUACGUUUUGCCGUGAAUUACCUAAAGUUGAGUUACAUGCACAUUUAAAUGGGUCCUUAAGUCGCUCUACAAUGCUACAGCUGCAACGACACCUCGCAGAUUCAGGCAUGAGAGAUAAAUCAAAUGCCUUCUUAGAUGAAUUUCAAAUUGGUUCCGGUGAUACAAGAAAUCUAUCUGAUUGUUUCCAAGUGUUUGGCAUAGCACAUGCAUUAACAAGUACUCCUGAAACACUAUCUAUGGCUACAUCUUUGACCCUUAGGGAGUUUGAAGAUGAUGGUUGUUGCUAUAUUGAGUUAAGGAGUACUCCAAAAGAAACCCCAUAUAUGAGUAUUAGACAAUACAUAGAAACUUUAAUUCAGACCAUCAAAAACACAAAUUCGUCUCUAAUAACUUGUCUCAUAAUAUCAAUAAAUAGAAGUAGUACUCAAAAAGAAGCUGAUAUUAUAGCAAAUUUAGCAAUAGAAUAUCACAAAAAAUUCCCUGAUUUGGUUGUGGGCAUUGAAUUAAGUGGUAAUCCCACAGUUGGCAUUUUUCAAGAUUUUAUUCCAGCAUUAACAAGAGCUAGGGAAGCUGGUCUAAAAGUGACAUUGCACUGUGGGGAGAUAUGCAACUCUCAAGAAGUAUUAGAAAUGCUAACAUUUAGGCCAGAUCGUAUUGGUCAUGGUGUCUGUAUACACCAAAGAUAUGGCGGCAAUGAUACUACAUGGGAACUGUUAUGCAAAUUACAAAUUCCUGUUGAAGUUUGUUUGACUAGUAAUGUAAAUACAAAGUCCACUCCAGAUUAUAAUUCACAUCACUUUAAGGAGUUAUAUGAUGCUAAUAUACCUAUCAUUCUAUGUACUGAUGAUAAAGGAGUCUUUGCAACCUCUUUGUCACAGGAAUAUCGCAUAUGUGCUGAAACUUUUGGCAUUGAACCUUCAAAGCUUGCAAGACUAAGCCUCAAAGCAUGUGAUCACAUAUUUGCUGAAGACAAACGCAAGACUCUCAGAGAUAAACUACGAAAUUUUAUUAAUAAAAAUGAAUUA